AUGGCAGAAUGUUCUCCUAAUUCAGGCUUUGAAAAGUCGUUUCCACUGCGAGAUUCAGGGGGAAAUAUUGGACCAUUCCGUGCCACACAGAUUUGGAAUGAAAUUAUUUAUCACUUAAAGUCCCGGGUCGAGGUGAAGCGACGGAGGCUGAAAAUGAGAUCGUAUGACAACUGUUUCACAGGAACCGAUGCUGUAGAUGUGGUCCUGCACUAUCUGCUUAAUGACAAGGAGACUUUCAACACAGAACUUUCCCGGGAGAAAGCAAUCAAGCUGUGCCAGACUCUGAUGAACAAAAGUGUUUUUGAGCCUGCAAACUGUCGCCCUGUUGAUGGUAAACCAGUGUUCGAGGACAGUAGCAGUAAGCUGUAUCGGUUUCCGGGCUCACUGGAGGACGACAAGGAGAACAAGGACUCAGAUGAAGAUCUCAAUCAAAGUGAAAUGUGCAUGUUCGACCCCGUCGAGGAGGCUGAAUACCUCAAGAAGUCGAAACCUCUCAGGGUGAAUCCAGCAUUCGAACCGGAUGUGAGCUCAGACAGUGUGAUCUGCAACCCGGCCCUGAUUGGCCGGUCGGGGUCCGUGAUGGAGGAGCUGAUGAAGAUCAGCAGUACCAUUAAGUGUAAGAGUGCUAUGUCUCUCGAGCCGCGUCGCAUCGACACUAAGAUGACGCGCAACUCUGACAUCCAGGAAGUCUCGCCAGAAGUGGUUGAAGAAACCUGGAAAGAAGUUGCCUUGGCUCAGUUGCUGAUACUGGUUGAAGUUCCCUUUCUUGACGGAGUGCUCGGUGAGGAGAAGGAAAACAAGAAGCAACUGAGACGCAAUCUCAUCAUCUCCAAUGUUGUUGCCAAGCACACCAACAUGCCUUUCCUCGGUGCUGUCGAUUUUGAGGAUUCUGUGAUGCAUACCGCAUAUGACUGUCUCCAGUGUAUGCCAAAGGGCACAUCCCUGUUGUCAGACGAAAGUUUCAAACAGGGCGAUGCACAGACAAAAACUAAGCUGUUUUGGAAAAUUGCGAAAUAUUACAGUGAACUUUCUGAGCCCCUGUUGCCUGAGAGGUUUAUUGACCUGCACGUGGCGAUAUUGAACUUGAUAAUGACCGAGCAUGAGAAGAACGCCCUCGAGUCACUCCAACUAGAUGUCAUACUGCUGCCAUGGUCGGUGCGGGAAGAGUUGCAGCGGCUGCUUCGCUUUCUCUCCGCUGUCAAAAAAGACAAGUCAUUUUCUCUUGAUGUUCAGGAGAGCAAUAAAACGAUUGUGUUGAAGGUUUUUUGCGACUCCAUCCUCAAACACAAGCUGCUGACCAGCAGUGUGGCGGCCGAGUUUGUUCUUUUCCUGCUGUCUCAUCAUCGCGAGAUCUUCCACGUUCCUCGAAACAUCCGGGAGAAAGUCUCUCUCCGGCUCUACAAGUUAAAACAUGGGGACUGCAUGCCACUGUAUGAAUCGACGUACUGUAAUCGUAUCACAAAGGAGGAGUACCAGCGACAGUCGGAGGAGUGUACACAGAGCAGUCUGAUAGAGAUGAUCAACUCCGUGCUUGAUGACGUCAACAUCCCCCUCAAGGACAAGAAAGUACGACUCCGACAAUUCCAGAAGUAUUACCCUAACAUAUAUGAGAGAUACUUCCAGGGCAUGAUCUAAUAACCAUAAUUUAUACAUUCGGUGUUGGAUUUCGUUCUUGAUAUUUUGACAGACUUGGUUUUUGGGAAAUAGAUUCUGCAGGGAUUCCCAUAGCAUAAUUAGAAAAGAUCUGUCCUGAGUUUGCUGCUGUUGUAACAUGUUUACGACUAAUAGAUCCUUCUUGGUGUCUAAAAUUACAUGUUAAAGCUAUUUUCGUGUUUAGAAUAUCAGAAUCUGUAGAAACAAGGUGUUUCAUUAUUGUCCCAAAUGUUUGUAGUAGCUCAAAUCAGAUUUUAUCUUCCAAUACUUUUGUAUGUACGAAAAAAUAUAUAAUAUAUAUUAUGAAGUAAAAUGAACAUUAACUGCUGCAAAAAUCAGUACAUGACAGCAAACACACUGGAUAUACAGACAAUGGUGUUCUAAACUAGAAAUAUGAUAUUUUAUUUAUUAUAUAACAUGUAAUUUCAGUUGCCAAAAAGGCUCUGUUAGUAGGAAAUAUGUUAUAAUGAAUAAAAAACACAGGACAGUACCUUUAAAUUAUUUAAUGGAGAUGGUUGGUUGCAUUAAUAAUUAUGAUGAUCUCGUUCCACUGUGUUUUCCUGCUUUUGGUGCUCAGCAAUAGGCUUAUUCACCCACCCACCCCAUGUAUAUUUAACUUUUAAAUGUAAAUUUAUGUUUAUCGGGUAAUAUGGUUUUGUUUUCAUUCUCUUGCACUUUGUCUAACAUAUAUAUGGAUAGGAAAAUAAACAAUACAACAUCACCACCAUAACUCCAGCUUAAAAAAUUAUUUUCAAAAACCUUUGCUUUGAUGUAGAUUUUUGUUAAAUGAUUAUACAUUUGGUAUUUUGAGAAAAUACUUGGUGCAUCAGAGAAUGCCAAUGGGUGCUAACAACAUUUAUUCAGCAAAUAAGGGCCAAUGACUGUGAUACAGAUUGGAUAGCUUAAAAGCUAUA